AGGGACACUAAAAAAAUGCUUAUGCUCAUUUGGAUGAGCUGUAUAGUCAUCUUUGAACACUGGAGUAAUAUGACCAUCCCAGAAUACUGGAUACUCUGGAUACUCUGAGAUAAAUGGUCCGGAGCAGUAGUUGGAGCAGAGGCAAGUCUGGGGUUGUGAGAUCUAGAUGCAACAGAUGACAAGCAAAAGGCUGAGGCAACAUUUCUUUUUUUUAGGCUAAACCCAACAUGAUCAGCUCAUAGUUACAUAUGAGAUGUACAAAGCAGAUAAGAGAUCAAAGAUACCACUACUUUAAGAGUCAUGAGAUGUUAAAAGAUAUGACUAUGAGAGAAUAGGAUUUGGGGUGGAAUGGUCGCUAAGUCAGUUUUAGGUUGAUUAAACUUAAGAAGCUCUUUGAAUUGCUGCAUAGCUGGUAACAUCAAUGUCACUUUAACGGACUGGUUGGUUUGUCUUCAACUUAUUCUAUACAACUAGGCAGAAGAGAUGCUGAAAAAGUACUUACAGUCCAAGGACAAUGUGGCUGAAACUCUUCUACAGGCAGAUCAGUCACUCACGGAAGCAGCAAAGGAGGUUGAAGCGGAGCGGAUAAAGGCUGAAGCUGCUGAAGCUGCAAAUAGAGAGUUAGCAGAAAAGCAAAAGGAAUAUGAGCUGAUGAUGGAGCAGAAGGAAAAGAGUUACCAGGAGCAUGUGAGACAGCUCACGGAGAAGAUGCAGCAGGACCAGGAACAGUUAUUAGCAGAACAGGAAAGAAUCAUAGCCCUUAAACUUCAGGAACAAGAACGAUUUCUCAAGGAAGGAUUCCAGAACGAGAGCAGGAAACUUCAGCAAGAGAUUAACAGCAUCAAGCAUAGGCAAGGAGGUGGAAAAUGCACCAUACUCUGAAGGUUCGAGACCCAAACAUCUCUUCCCAGCUUCUACAUCCCAUAAUAUGCCGACUGAGCACCUUCAGGCUUUGACACAACUAUUACUAAACUCAACUCAAAAUUCCAUGUAACUCCAGUCUGUGAUCGCUGUAGAAGUGGAGGUUCAGCCAUCUAUGUUUUAUACCUCCUCCUGGCCUGUGUCAUGCCCAGACCACAAAUGUUUCUCCUUUAUAAUCUUAAGUUUUCCUCUUUCCUACAGUAGAGCUUCGGCAAUCACAGAGCAGGCAACUUUUUAACUAACUUCCAAAAUGAUUUCCUUUUCAUCUCUCUGAGGACUCUGAUGUUUUACUACAGUUCUUCAAAACCUAAACCCUAUCUCCAUUUUCCCUUUUAACUCCCUGCUGUGAUGUUAUGUCUUGAAAUCUCUCAGGAUAAAUGUCUUGGUAUAAGCUUACAGGAACACAAUAUUUUUGAAUAAAAAUUAAUAACUCACUGAAAA